GGGCCGCCGCGGCGUGAGUUUGUUUCCGGGCGGCCUUUUCCGGAACCAUUGCCCGUCGCCGAAUUUCGCCGCGGACGCCUUGUCGCGGUUCAUCUUCACGAGUUGGCCGGAGGACACGGCGGCGCGCUUCGCGGCCUGCCUGAUCAUUUUCGCGCGCGCCAAGUGACCCCAGCCGCCGCGGCGGCCUCAGAAGGACCCGGCCCGGCCCCGGCGCCGAGCAGCGCGAGCGGCCUGCGCGCCGUCGCUUGA